AUGGAGUUCCCGGAAAGAACUUAUCUUGUGACUGACAAGGCCACCAAGAUGUAUGCCUUCACACUAGACAGUGCGGAUCGCCAGCAGAAACCCGUGACUAAAGAUCACUGUUCUGGAGAGAAGCCAGAGGUGCUGGAGCCCGGAGCCAUCUAUCACUGUCACAGUAAUGCCAAGGCCACAGAGAACAGGGCAAGCGAGCAAGUCUACGCCAAGUGGAAACUCUGGGCUGCUUCGGGAAUAUGCUUCGUCUUCAUGAUUGCAGAGGUUGUGGGUGGCCACAUUGCGGGGAGUCUUGCUGUCGUCACAGACGCUGCCCACCUCUUGAUUGACCUGACCAGUUUCCAGCUCAGCCUCUUCUCCCUGUGGCUGUCCUCCAAGCCUCCCUCCAAGCGGCUGACCUUUGGAUGGCACCGGGCAGAGAUCCUCGGUGCCCUGCUGUCCAUGCUGUGUGUCUGGGCAGUGACUGGUGUGUUGGUGUACCUGGCGUGUGAGCGCUUGCUGUACCCUGAUUACCAGAUCCAGGCCACCGUGAUGAUCAUCGUUUCAGGCUGUGCCGUGGCAGCCAAUAUUGUACUAAGUGUGAUUUUGCACCAGAGGCCUCCUGGCCACAGUCACAAGGAAGUGCUAGCUAAUGCCAGUGUCAGAGCAGCUUUUGUGCAUGCGCUUGGGGAUCUGUUUCAGAGCAUCAGUGUGUUAACCAGCGCACUCAUCAUCUACUUCAAGCCAGACUAUAAAAUGGCCGACUCAAUCUGCACAUUUGUGUUUUCUGUCCUGGUGUUGGCCAGUACCAUCACAGUCUUAAAGGACUUCUCCAUCUUACUCAUGGAAGGUGUGCCCAAGAACCUCAACUACAAUGCUGUGAAAGACCUCAUCUUAGCGGUGGAUGGGGUGGUGUCUGUGCACAGCUUGCACAUCUGGUCUUUGACAACAAACCAGGUGAUUCUCUCGGCUCAUGUUGCUGCAGCAGCCAGCCGGGACAGCCAGGGCGUUCGGAGAGAGAUUGCUAAAGCCCUCAGCAAUAGCUUUCCUGUGCAUUCACUCACCGUUCAGAUGGAAUCUCCCGCCGACCAGGACCCCGGCUGCCUUUUCUGUGAAGAGCCCCAGGACUAG